AUGUCGACAUCUUUCUCAAUCGAGAUAGUCGGGCAGUCCGGGAAUGUGGACAACUCACACGGGGUGCCGGUGUCCAUCGACGAUAAAGACAAAGCCACUGCGGUAGAGUCUCCUCCUCUAGAAGAGGACGCCGUUACUGCUCCCCUGUCGGUACCUCCUCCUGACGUUGGUCUCCAACCGUGGCUCCAAGUCAUCGCCGGACACUUCCUCAUGUUCAACACCUGGGGUCUGGUGGUCUCGUACGGCUCCUUUCAGACAUACUACACGUCGACAACCCCGCCACACAGCUAUCCCUUGGGAGACGCGUCCAAGAACGCGUCCGCGAUUUCCUGGAUCGGGUCCAUCCAAAACACCCUCUUGCUGGUUGGGGCCGCGCUCAGCGGCAAGUACUUUGACGCCGGAUACUUUCGCCAAUUGGUCGGCCUGGGCACAGCUCUCGUCGUCUUCGGGACGCUGAUGACCAGUUUUGUCAGGGAAUACUAUCAAGCGGUCCUGGCGCAGGGCGUCUGUAUCGGUCUGGGGAUGGGCAUGUUGUUGGUCCCGAGCGUGGCGUUGCCGAGCACCUGGUUCCAGCAGCGGAGAGGCCUGGCCGUUGGGACCGUGAGCUCUGGGGCGUCGCUGGGCGGUAUUGUGAUUCCCAUUGGGUUGCGGCACAGUAUCUCGUCCGUGGGAUUUGGGUGGGGAGUGCGCAUUCUGGCGCUGAUAUCGCUGGUGACUUUAGGGGUGAGCAACCUGUUGAUCCGGCAGCGUCUUCCACCCAGGCCGAGGAAGGGGUCGCGGUUCAUCGAGUACCAGGCGCUGCGGGAACAGAGGGAAUUCGCGCUUUGGAUCACGGGCCAGUUCGUCACGUACUUUGGGUUCUUUGGCUUCUAUAACUAUGUGGAGGCGUGGGCCGAGUCGAUCGGCCUGAACCGCGAUGACCGCUCGGACGGGUUUCCCCUCGAAUACUUGCUGCCGGUGCUGAACGCGUCGAGCAUCCUGGGACGUCUGAUUCCGUGUUUCAUCGCCGACUAUAUCGGGCCCUUGAACAUCCAGGGUCCCGCGCUCUUCGUCACCGCGCUGCUCGUCUUUGUCUGGAUACCCUGCCACACUAUCGGUAGCCUACUCGCCAUCACGGUCCUGUACGGCUUCUUCUCGGGCGCGGUCAUCGGCACACCCCCGGCGGUCGUGGCUAGCAUGACGGAAGACCUGCGCCGGUUUGGAGGGCGAAUGGGCGUCAUGUUCCUGGUGAUGGCGGGUUCGUCACUCGUGGGACCGCCGGUCAUGGGCGCCAUCAUCGAGAUGCACGGCGGAUCGUACAACGCGGCGAGAGUGUACGCGGGGAGCAUGGUCAUGGGCGGAGCAUUGUUUGUGUGGCUCGCGAGGGUGUCCAAGACUGGCUUUAGAGUGGCCGUCAAAGCCUGA